CAGGAGCUUGUAAGUGUUCAUCAGCUCCUCAUGCUAGACGACGAAUGUCGCUCGACUCCAAAGCCAACCCUGCAGGAUGACCGGCGUCUCCAAGUCUACGUAUCUGGAUAAUUUAUGCAACUUUCUGGAUACCUUUUCGUCCCGACCUCUGCCGGCCACCUUGUACCGCAUCCAACAUUCGGGUUCGCGAGCUUACUUGGAUGGCGGGAACCUGAAGGCGCGGUCGAAUUUGGUACCUGAAAACGUGCAAGAGCUCUGUUUCGCUGUCGCAGAGCAUUUGAAGUGGUUUCGGUCGAGAGUAGACAGCUGCUUCAUAUCAGUAUGGGACGAUCCAUGGUGCGCUCAUUCGUGGGGAGAGAUCCGGGCGAGGCAAAGGGAGCCCGGUGGAAGUGAUGUCGUCCUGUACGAGAUUGACACCAAGUUCUUGGGCAAAGGGCUCGCCAGUAUGGUCUUUCAUGUCGAUUCUCUACUUACAUCGCUUGGAUUGAAUCGGCCGACAUUACUGAAAGGGCAGGAAUAUCUCAUCCUGCUCGGCGUACCCGCAAAGGCUAUCAAAUACUCCCAUAACAUCUCGGAGCCGGCUCUUGGAGCUGGCAUACUGAAGCAAAUUGACCUCGAGGCGUGCCAACAUAGACCAUCUCACGAUUCAACACAUCGGCAAAUCUGCUUGACAUGUGCUAGCGAAACAGCUUUGGAUCGACAUCUGCAAUCACGCAGAGUAGCGUUUAUGGGCCUCAAUGGACACGCAAACGGUCAAGUCAACGGGCCCAUGAAUGGUCACACAAAUGGCAUCGUUCAUCUGGAUGGCUAUACCAACGGACACACCAACGGACUCUCAAAUGGUAUCACGAACGGUCAUACUAAUGGCUCAGCGAACGGCCAAAUGAAUGGGAACGGCCUCAAUGGCAUCGAGAAUGGCCACGUCAAUGUGAACGGCAAUGGUCAAACAGCCACGCCCUCCAAUUCAUCAUCAGAUUCGAGAGGCAGCUACGUACCCGGUGGAUUUCUCCAGAUCCCUCAUUGCGAUCCGGAGAACGGAUGGCAUCCUAUUGGAUGAACAAAGGGAUGACUAGGAAGGCAGACGACGAAUGAUGAUCGACAUUACGUUUUUCACAUGCGAUGAUGAUGGCGAAAACCUGAAAAAAAAAAUGCAUGAAGUGAAAUGGAACAGCGAGAUCAAAAACGAGCGAGGGAUGCUACGGCAUAACAGUGCGAGGCCGAGGCGAAAAAGCGAGAAAUGAUUACCAUUCCCCCAAAAAGUCUGAUAUACCAAUACUCGGGGUUUUUUGUUCUCUCUCACUCUUUGUAUACUAAUACCAACAGCCUUUUACUGUACUACGGAGGGAGCGGGAAUUUGUGAGAUGCAAUGUAAAACUUCUUAUUGUCU